GCAGAGCCUUGUGGAAGAGCAAAGAUGCCAACCCCGAACAUCUCCACCUCUGCAGCCAAAGGCUUCCGCAGGGCGGUGUCGGAGCUGGACUCCAAGCAAGCGGAGGCCAUCAUGUCUCCACGGUUCAUUGGUAGACGUCAAAGCCUCAUUGAAGAUGCCAGGAAGGAAAGAGAGGCUGCUGCUGCUGCUGCAGCAGCCACUGAUGCUGCAGAGUCUACAGAGACCAUUGUCUUUGAGGAAAAGGAUGGGAGAGCCAUGCUGAACCUCUUCUUCAUGCUCAAGGGAGCCAAGACUUCACCACUGUCCCGUGCACUUAAGGUGUUUGAGACAUUUGAAGCUAAAAUUCACCACCUGGAGACCAGGCUUAGCCGAAAGCCCCGUGAAGGGACCGCUGAACUGGAGUACUUUGUGCGCUGUGAAGUCCACAGCUCUGAUCUCAAUACUUUCAUUAGCUCCAUCAAGAGGGUAGCAGAAGAUGUGAGGACCACUAAGGAAGACAAAUUUCACUGGUUUCCCAGAAGAAUUUGUGAGCUGGACAAAUGCCACCAUUUGGUCACCAAGUUUGACCCUGACUUGGAUCUGGAUCACCCGGGCUACUCUGACCAAGUAUAUCGGCAGAGGAGGAAAUCAAUAGCAGAAAUUGCUUUUCACUAUAAGCAUGGGGACCCAAUCCCGCAUGUAGAGUACACAGCAGAGGAGAUUGCAACCUGGAAGGAGGUGUACAGCACCCUGAAGAGCCUCUACCCCACCCAUGCCUGCAAGGAGUACCUUGAAGCUUUCAGUCUCCUGGAGAAAUUCUGUGGUUACAACGAGAACAACAUCCCUCAGCUGGAGGAGGUCUCCCGCUUCCUGAAAGAGAGGACUGGCUUCCAGCUGCGGCCGGUGGCUGGCUUGCUGUCGGCGCGGGACUUCCUGGCCAGCCUGGCCUUCCGCGUCUUCCAGUGCACGCAGUACAUCCGCCAUGCCUCCUCACCCAUGCACUCCCCUGAGCCGGAUUGCUGUCACGAGCUGCUGGGGCACGUCCCGAUGCUGGCGGACAAGACGUUUGCCCAGUUCUCUCAGGACAUUGGGCUGGCUUCUCUGGGAGCAACUGAUGAAGAAAUUGAGAAACUGUCCACGCUUUACUGGUUUACAGUGGAGUUUGGGCUCUGCAGACAGAAUGGGAUAGUCAAAGCCUACGGAGCUGGGCUCCUGUCUUCCUAUGGGGAGCUCAUACACUCCUUGUCAGAUGAACCAGAGGUGCGGGACUUUGACCCUGAUGCUGCUGCUGUCCAGCCCUACCAGGACCAGAACUACCAGCCUGUAUAUUUUGUAUCUGAGAGCUUCAGUGAUGCCAAAAAUAAACUGAGGAACUACGCAGCACACAUCAAGCGACCCUUCUCGGUGAAAUACGAGCCCUACACCCACAGCAUCGAGCUCCUGGACAGCCCUCAGACCAUCUGUCACUCCCUGGAGAGCGUAAGGGAUGAGCUUCACUCGCUGAUUAAUGCCCUCAGUGUCAUCAGUUAAUAGCAGAGCUGGGCUCUUUCCAUCCCCUCUGCCCUGGCAGCCCCAAACCCACCCACUCUGCCCUCUCCCGCUUCCCAGCUGAUGACUCCUACCUGUCCUCUCCAAACAUUUGCACCUCUGCCUGUCACCUCGUGACCCCAUCAGCUUUCCACUUCUGUAUGUUGGGCCAAGCUCAAAGGAGAGCAGAGGGAUGGGCCCAGGGCCUCCUGGCUUCUUGGGUAGCUUUUCUGCUGACUGCUGGAAGAGGCUUAGCACAGAGCAAAAGCAUGGCCAAGCUGCCAAGUUGAGCCAUGACCUGCUUGCUAGGCUCCUGAGGGCAAGAGAAGAGGAGAAAAGCUUCUUUAUUAAAAAAGAGAGAAAGUCUAUUUUUUGCAGUUUGAGAGAGUAAAUUAAUCUGCUUUGUUAGCCCCCCCUCAAAGCAACUGCUACAGCAACUUGAUGAGGACUCUCAGCCCCCACCAUCUCCUUGCCUCUCACAGCCUUGUACAUUUAGGAAAUGCAGAGCUGUUUUGGAAGCUUUUCUACCUGAACCAACCCUUCUGAGGUUUUAAAUUUUGGCUCCCAGCCUCCCCCUCAGCUUGUUGCACUGGGGGAUGCUUUGGCACAGCCUCCAGAGCUGCACCAUCCCACCAGGAUGCAAUAAGCAUCAAUGCUUCUGAGCCUGCAAAAUGACCUAAGCUAGGAGUUGCCUGUCUGGCAGCCCUGAUCUACCUGCAUCCUCUCUAGCACAGGCACCACAGAGCAAGCCCUGGCCACCCCAGACCAGAGUGUGGGCACCUUCAAGCCAGAGUGCUCAGGAGUCCCUCUGCCAUCCUU